AACGAACAAAAGAAUAAAACAUUAACUGCUGAAAAUGAACGUUAUAAGAAAGUCAUUUUCAAAAUGGACCAGCUACGAAAGCUGGAUAAAAGCAAACACGUAGCCGAAAUGGAAAAAUUACGCAAAGAAUUCGCUAAAUCGUUGAAGGAAAAACGUCACGAAGACGCGAAGGCACCGGCCAAACAGGUCAAAACAACGGAAAAAUUUGGAUAUUUUAAAAUGGAGCGCCGUGACGCGGUUGGCAGAAAAUCACCUUUCGAGAAGCCACGUGAAACGCGAGAGGUUUUGUACACCAGAGAUCAAGUGGAUCAGACAGUGGAGAACGCGCAGUAUACCGCUUACGAGCAAGGAUAUCAGGAGGCAGUGGAACAAAUGCAGGAAGAAAAUUUCCGCUUAAAUGCAACAAUUCGAGAUCUGACGAACAGAUCGUUGCAAGCCCGUUCCACAGCACCUCCACCUCCCCCAAGACGCCCACCACCUGUCAACACAGCACCAGUUACAGUUCCUUUACCACCGGGAACGAUGCCCGUUAAGGACGUUACGGAAUUAAUUAAAGCGGCGCGCGCCCCGAUUCCAAUUACGAAAUAUAAUGGAAACCGGGAGGAGUUUGACAGUUUUAUUAUAAAGUUUCGCCGUGCUGUAGUGCAAAAUGCCUGGGAUGAAGCCACAGCUGUAACGCAGCUAGGAGCGGCAUUGACCGGCGAGGCACAGCAGUGGUAUAAUCUGACGAUCAGAUCGCAGCCACACCUGGAUAAUAUUGAAGCCUGGUUAACGCUCUUGACUGAGCGCUUUACUGAUAAGAAUCGGGCUACGACAGCCUUGAAUGAGCUGACAACACGUGUCUGGCAAGCCGGAAAAGAAGACAUUGACACCUAUUAUCAGAAAAUGGUAUCUUUACGCGAUAUGGCCGGUAUGAUCGGAUCGGAUAAACAACUCUGCACAUUCCUUACGAAAGGAAUAAGGGAUUAUCCGCAACUACAUGGCCUUGAAAAUUAA